AUGGAAAAGCUUGAAUCGCCCAAAGCGGCCAACGCGCAGAUCAAUGGGCAGAAUACAGCCUAUACUACGCCGCCGAAUGGUGGUCUCCAAGCAUGGCUGCAGGUGACAGGCUCGUUCUUCCUAUUCUUCAACUCAUGGGGAACGGUCAACACAUACGGUGCCUUCCAAGCCUACUAUGAACUCGGCCUGCUUAAGGACCAGUCCAGCUCAGACAUCUCCUGGAUUGGUGCCAUCCAAGCUUUUCUUCUCCUCCUAAUAGGAGUCAUUACCGGCCCCCUAUACGACUCAGGAUACUUUUACGUUCUCAUCCUCACCGGCUCCGCCCUCGUCGUAGUCGGAUUCAUGACACUCAGCGCCUGCACCUCAUACUGGCAAGUCCUCCUCGCUCAAGCGUUCUGUAUCGGACUCGGGAACGGAUGUCUCUAUAUUCCGUCUGUAGCCAUGAUUCCACAAUACUUCUCCUCGCGGCGUCCAAUUGCCACAGCCCUAGCCGCGUCGGGAAGCAGCCUCGGAGGUGUUCUCUAUCCUCUAAUAUUCCGUCAACUCCAGCCUCGCAUCGGCUUUGGUUGGGCCACACGAACCAUCGGGUUUAUAGCUCUCGCAACGACUGCCUUUUCCCUGUCUGUCAUGCGCGUGCACCAAACCCCCAAGACCAGACGCGUCUUGACCGAAUUCUCUGCCUUCAAAGAGAUUCCUUACUCCUUAUUCUGUGUGGCUAUGUUCUUCGGUUACAUUGGCUUCUUCAACCCUAUCUUCUACAUCGAAGCUUACGCCAUUAAAGAGCAUGUUAUAGGCGAGCCCCUCGCUUUCUAUCUUGUCUCAAUCCUCAAUGCUGCAUCCGUUCCGGGGCGAAUCGUUCCAGGGUUACUAGCCCUGAGACUCGGCCCAUUGAACAUACUUCUGGGAAGUGCUAUCAUCAGUGGCGUGUUGUCGCUAUUCUGGAUUGCUAUCACGGACCCCGGCGGCUUAAUUGCAUUCGCAGUCCUCUAUGGAUUUUUCUCCGGGGCUUUUGUUGCACUUCCCGCUGUGGCUUUGACCUCCCUCACUCCGAACCUUGAAACCUUGGGAACGAGACUGGGUGCCAUUCUGGAUAAUACGGGGUCGUAUCUGGGUGUCCAGCUAUAUUCAGGGCUUAGUAUUGGAGCUACGGGUGUGCUGCUGCUUUUUGCAAAAAUGUCGAAAAAGGACUGA